ACCGCCCGCCCUUUUCUUGCCGCCCCCCGCCUCUGCUCUCCAGAGACCCUGCGGAGCGGGCGCCGCGACCCCUUCCCGGCGCUCUUCGCGCGGUCUCGCGCGGCCUCGGGUGCGUGGGGUCAAGGCGCGGGGCGGAGCGGCCGGGGCCCGGGCGUCAUGCGGAGGGGCGAGCGCCGGGGCGCCGAGGGGCCGCGGCCGGGGUCCCCGGUGCCGGGGGGCAAGGCCUCGCCGGAGGAGCCGCCGGCCGGCGCGGCCGCGGGCCGAGCGAGCGGGCCGGCCGCGGGCCGCCGCAGCACCGAGUCCGAGGUCUUCGACGACGGCACCAACACCUUCUUCUGGCGGGCCCACACCCUGACCGUGCUCUUCAUCCUCACCUGCGUGCUGGGCUACGUGACUCUGCUGGAGGAGACGCCGAGGGACACGGCCUACAACACCAAGAGAGGUAUUGUGGCCAGUAUUUUGGUUUUCUUAUGUUUUGGAGUCACACAAGCUAAAGACGGGCCAUUUUCCAGACCUCAUCCAGCUUACUGGAGAUUUUGGCUCUGCGUUAGUGUGGUCUACGAGCUGUUUCUCAUCUUCAUACUCUUCCAGACCGUCCAGGACGGGCGCCAGUUUCUGAAGUACGUGGACCCCAGGUUGGGGGUCCCGCUGCCAGAGAGGGACUACGGGGGAAACUGCCUCAUCUACGAUGCAGACAACAAAACCGAUCCCUUCCACAACGUCUGGGACAAGCUGGACGGCUUCGUGCCUGCACACUUCAUCGGCUGGUACUUGAAGACCCUGAUGAUCCGCGACUGGUGGAUGUGCACGAUUGUGAGCGUGAUGUUCGAGUUCCUGGAGUACAGCCUGGAGCACCAGCUGCCCAACUUCAGCGAGUGCUGGUGGGACCAUUGGAUCAUGGAUGUGCUCGUCUGCAACGGGCUGGGCAUCUACUGUGGCAUGAAGACCCUCGAGUGGCUGUCCCUGAAGACGUACAAGUGGCAGGGCCUCUGGAACAUUCCGACCUACAAGGGCAAGAUGAAGAGGAUCGUGUUCCAGUUCACGCCCUACAGCUGGGUUCGCUUCGAGUGGAAGCCGGCCUCCAGCCUGCGCCGCUGGCUGGCCGUGUGCGGCAUCAUCCUGGUGUUUCUUUUGGCAGAGCUGAACACCUUCUACCUGAAGUUCGUGCUGUGGCUGCCCCCUGAGCACUACCUGGUCCUCCUGCGGCUCGUCUUCUUCGUCAACGUGGGCGGCGUGGCCAUGCGGGAGAUCUACGACUUCAUGGACGACCCGAAGCUGCACAAGAAGCUGGGCCAGCAGGCCUGGCUCGUGGCGGCCAUCACGGUCACGGAGCUGCUGAUUGUGGUGAAGUACGACCCGCACACGCUGACGCUGUCCCUGCCCUUCUACAUCGCCCAGUGCUGGACGCUCGGCUCCGUGCUCGCCCUCACCUGGACCGUCUGGCGCUUCUUCCUGCGGGACAUCACCCUGAGGUACAAGGAGAUACGGCGGCAGAAGCAGCAGAGCCGGGACGACCCAGGCAGGGCCGACGGCAGCGCGGACGGGCGCACACCCGGGCCUGAUGACGCCUCGGGGUCCGAGGAGGCCGACAGAGAAGGGGUGCCAGCCCCACACUGACGCCUGGGCUGCCGGUCCUUGGUGAUUCUCGCCAUGAACCUGCCAGCAGCCUCAGCCCUCAAGGCUCUGUUCCCCUUUUCUCCCGUGUGCACGGUGGCCCUGGGUAUGUGCGCGGUGUGUGCGCGUGCUCGAGUGUGGGCUCCAGGGCUCCCCCUGGGCCUGCCAGUCCCUGUGGAGCCAGAGCCCCUGCCGCUCUGUGCAGUCAGCCUGGGGUCUCCGCAACCCCAAGCUUCGGCACCCAGAUGGCCUGGCCCAAGCAGUGGCAUCGUGGUGCCCGCCUGCUCCCUGGGCCCCGCCAGUACCCCAUGACCCCCUGGCAGCCUGUGUGAAGGACAGCCGUCCAGGGACACCCUGAAGAGGCUGAGGAAGGGCACAUCCCCUUCUCGGGAUCUUCCAUCUGACCCUCUAAGCUGGAGGGUGCGUGGAUGGUGCUGGAGGGAGGCAGAGACUCUGAGGCCUGGUCCCCACUGUCACGAGUAGGUCAUGAGGGUCUCUGUGGCCAAGUUGAGGUCCCCUCCACAAGCAAACAGCAAAUAAAAGCCAUGGUGGAGGCCUGCA